AAACACAAAUUAUGUCGAUGGAGAAACAUUACUCAAUUACUCAGUCACUGAGUCAUCAAUUACUUUUCAUUACUCGGAGUCAACUGAACCAAUUGUUUCCCAAAAUGAUUCAGUGAUUCAAAGCGCUUGAAUAAUCGCAAUGUUGAUGACACGGAAAACAGAAAAACUCCUAGUGAAGCAAAUGAGAUCCACUUGACACACUAUUAUAAAGAUGGUGUUUAUUAAAGAGGAGAUUGAAGACAUAAAGAUGUUGUUUAUUAAAAAGGCGAGUGAAGACAUGAAGAUUGAAGAAACAUUCAGAGUGAAACAUGAAGAUACUGAGGAACAAACAGCUCUAAUGGCAAUGAAAAAGGAGAAAGAAGUACUCAAUGAAAUUGAAGAUAAAGAUCAAUAUGAGAAUCUUCACAAUUUCAUAACUAGAGAAAAACCUUUUCGAUGUUUGCAGACUGAAAAGACUUCAACACAAAAAAAACCUCAAAAGAGUUUAAAUCAACAAGGAAACCUUAAAGACCACACAGGAGUGAAGCCUUUCACCUGCCAACAGUGUGGAAAAAGUUUUGCUCAACAUGGAAACCUUAAAGUUCACAUGAGAUUGCACACUGGAGAGAACUCUUACACAUGCCCUCAGUGUGGAAAGAGAUUUGCUCAACAUGGAAACUUUAAAGUCCACAUGAGGAUUCACACUGGGGAGACCCCUUUCACCUGCCAAUACUGUGGAAAAAGUUUCACUCGUAAAGUAAGUCUUGACAGGCACAUAAGAAUUCACACUGGAGAAAAGCCUUACACAUGCCCUCAGUGUGGAAUAAGUUUCACUCUAAAAGGAGAUUUUACCACGCAUAUGAGAAUUCAUGUUGGAGAAAAGCCUUACACAUGCCAACAGUGUGGAGAGAGUUUUGCUCAACAUGUAAACCUUAAAGUCCACACGAGAAUACACACUGGCGAGAAGCCUUACACAUGCCAACAGUGUGGUGAGAGUUUUGCUCAACAUGUAAACCUUAAAGUCCACAUGAGAAUACACACUGGAGAGAGUCCCUUCACCUGCCAACACUGUGGGAAAUGUUUCAAGAAAAAAGGACAACUUAAUUGCCACAUGAGAAUUCACACUGGGGAGAAGCCUUACACCUGCCAGCAGUGUGGGAAAAGUUUCACCCAUAAAGGAAGCCUUAACUGGCACAUGACUGUUCACAGUGGAGAAAAGCCUUUCACAUGCCCUCGGUGUGGAAAGAGUUUUGCUCAACAUGGUAACCUUAAAGCCCACAUGAUAAUUCACAGUGGGGAGAGCCCUUUUACCUGCCAACAAUGUGGAAAACGUUUCAAUCAUAAGGGAAGCCUUAACAGGCACAUGAGAAUUCACACUGGAGAGAAGCCUUACACAUGCCAACAGUGUGGAAAAAGUUUCCAUCAACAUGGAAACCUUACAGUCCACAUGAGAAUUCAUACUAAAAAGAGUCCCUUUACCUGCCAACAGUGUGGACAAAGUUUCAACCGUAAAGGAAGCCUUAACAGGCACAUGAGUAUUCAUACUGGAGAUAAGGCUUUCACAAAAAGGAAACUUUAACAGGCACAUGAGAAUUGACACCAGAUAAAAGCCUUACACCUUCCAACAGUGCUUAGAGAGAUUUACUUAACUAUCUAUUUAAGGCCACAUGAGAAUUCACACUGAAUAGAACCCUUACAUUUGCCCUCAGCCAUUAUAAAGCUUUGGAGCAUCAGGGUGAUUAUUAACUGUGUUCGUCUGAAAGAAGAAAGUCAUACACCUAGGGUGGCUGGAGGAAUCUGCCACAUGAAGUAGCAUCCCUGAAUCUACCUCUUCAUGUAUGCAAGAGGAAAUCUAAUUUGAUUCUUGUGCAGGCCAUUGUGCCAAAACAGAAACUGAGGACUUUCUUGCUGUCAUGGUACACCAGUUGAUUCAGUGUACUGGUUGUAGGCGCAUGUCAGCAGGAUGUGGAGACUACUGGCAGUUACAAAUCCAAGGCCCUACACGUGUUCUAUGCCUUCACCGGCUGUGACACAGUAUCUGCAUUUGCAACCAGGGGCAAGAAGAUAGCAUGGGAUACCUGGAAUGCAGAUGACAUGGCAACUAAGAAUGUACUGGUGCUGCAAUGAACACUGUUGAGGACAAGUACUUAAGGUGGCAACAGACUAGGGUUGGAUGGGCCCAAGCAUUUGGAGACAUUGUGGUCAACUCUUCCACAGCCAAGCAAGACCAUCCUUGAACUCUUAAGCUGUGGCUGCAAGAAAGGCUGCCGGUCAGCACUGAAAAUGUAAAAAUGCUUCCUUAAAGUGCACAGCUUUGUGUCAAUGUGGAAGAGACUGUGAAGAAGGCUGAAGAAUAGGUUCAACAACAAAACAAUCAAACAUGUUUCUGAAAUAAAUUUCUUUAAAUCAA